CACCCUCCCAUGAGCUGCAUUUGUAUGAUCGUCUCUCUAUCUAAGGCCUUCGGAUGAUGAUAUCUCUCAACGUGCUGAAGUCCGCUCAUGCUCGCUUCUCCAGUGUUCUGUGGUCAGGAUGCAGGGCCGCAAGAAAGUUCGCGAUCCUCGCAGAUGAUACAGGGGCCCAGCCGCUCAACAGGUCCUACCUGUACGUGCCCGCGUCGAAUGACCGCAUGUUGGAGAAAUCACUCUCGACGGAGUCCGAUGUGAUCAUUUACGACUUGGAAGACAGCGUGCCUCCCUCUGCGUCGGACAAGAACGCUGCUCGCGAGAGGCUGCAGAGAUUUCUCCAUACGAAAUUAGAGGCAGAACUGCCCCGUCCAGAGCGAAUCGCUGUCAGGCUUAACUCGAUCAACACACCAUUCUUCGGGAGUGACAUUGCGCAAGCUUUGCGGAUCCCAUCCAUCCGAACGUUCAUCUUGCCGAAAGUAAACUCAGCGCAGGACCUCCAUCAUGUAUCUCGAGAGAUCUACAACGCUACCCAACUGCAGAGUGUCCGAGACCCACGACUGCAGCCUCUGCGGCUGGUCGCCAGCAUCGAGAGCGCGCGGUCAAUGGUGAAUCUGAAAGACAUUGCUGGCUGGCAGUGUGAGUACGGGCCCUCCUUAGGAGUGACCUUGUCAGCGCUUCUGUUUGCCGCGGAAGAUUAUUGUGCCGACAGCGGCAUCAUACGCACGAAGUCUCGGACAGAGCUUCUCUUCACGCGUUCUCAGAUCGCGAUCACUGCGAAGGCGUUUGGCUUAGACGCCAUUGACAUGGUCUGUGUUAACUACAGGGACCUCGACUACCUGAAAGAGGAAUGCGAGGAUGGUAGAAGGCUGGGGUACAAUGGCAAACAAGCCAUUCAUCCAACGCAAGUCGCUAUAAUCCAGUCGACAUUCGUACCUACUGAGAAAGAGAUCCUACGCGCCGCGAAGAUAUUGCAUCGCAUGCAAAAGGCACACUCUGAAGCACAAAGGGGUGCAAUCGGGCUUGAGCUCGAAGGAGGUGGCAAAGAAAUGAUCGAUGCCCCGAUGAUCAAGCAGGCGGAGAACACCAUUCGUAUCGCAAACGCUGCAGGCCUUACUGGUAUUAUUCCACAGUUUGAUUGACAGCAUUGUUUCAGACCGUUGUAAGAUACUUAUUACUCGAGAAGAACUAUGUCGCCGACAGCUUGUGCUGUAUUGAGCGUGGAACGCCAC